AUGGCUGGCACCGCUCCUCCCAACUACUACAAGGUCCUCGAGAUCUCUGAGACCGCCACGACCCAACAGAUUCGGGAUGCCUACAAAAAAGCCGCUCUGAAAACUCACCCAGACCGGGUCCCUGCUGAUUCCCCCGACCGUGCAGCGCGUACUCGCAAAUUUCAACUCGUCAACGACGCAUAUUACACACUUUCAGAUGCGAGUCGACGUCGCGAAUACGAUUCACAGCGAAAGACGUAUGGUUUCAGUCACAGACGCCCGGACACUACCUCGGGGGCAACAUAUUCGGACCCCUUUGAGGAUGAAUUCGACGAGGAGAUUCCCACCGGUGGCGCUGCAGGAGCAGGCGGCAUGCCUGGAGGGUUUCCCUCCUGGGCCUGGAACUACUUUACAGGCCAGUCGAACACGGCAAACACGCAGCAGGCCCGGGAGGAGACGCAGAACCAACAGUUUGGUGACGUAUUCGAGGAGAUGCUGCGCGAGGAGGGCAUGGCGGAGCAGGACAAUCGCAAGAAUGGCACGUUCUGGGGCAUGGCCGGCGGCGUCAGUGGCGGCGUCCUGGGCUUCAUCAUUGCCAACUUCCCGGGGCUCAUGGCAGGCGCCGUAGCGGGAAAUCGACUAGGUGCUGUCCGCGAUGCCAGGGGAAAGAGUGUCUAUCAGGUCUUCCAGGAGCUGCCGCAGGCUGAAAGGGCGACGCUCCUGACGCAGCUGGCGGCCAAGAUCUUUUCGCACUCUGUGGGUGUGUAA